AUGGAGGGACAUGCACAAGGAUAUCGAAAUGCAGGGGAAUCUCGCAAAGCAGAACCAAUUCAGCCUGUUCAUGUUGCGCCAAAGAAGGCUGUCAAGUCAUGGGUACACCUUUUGGCAGGCGCGAGCGGUGGAAUGGCUACUGCCAUUGUAACUUCCCCUCUCGACGUCCUACGAACACGUCUCCAGUCCGACUUCUACCAUACCCAAAACACAGGCGUCAACCAGUCACGUCAAGGAUCGAACCAUAAAACGAUACGCAUUGUCAACUCUAUAUAUCGCGCCGAAGGAUGGCGGGCUUUCUUCCGAGGCCUUGGUCCCAGCAUAGCCGGUGUAGUUCCAGCGACUGCCAUCAAGUUUUACGUCUACGGCAAUUGCAAGCGCGUCGGUGCUCACCUGAUGGGAUACACAGAAGACUCUCCACUGGUUCACGCCCAGGCUGCAAUUUGCGCGGGGUUGGCAACAUCCACAGCAACAAAUCCGAUUUGGCUAAUCAAAACACGGCUACAACUCGACAAGACAAGCAGCGGUGGUCGGCGAUAUCGCAAUAGCGUGGAUUGCAUCAAGCAAGUCUUACGGAACGAGGGUAUAGCAGGUCUAUACAGAGGAAUGAGCGCAAGUUAUCUUGGCUCCAUUGAAACGGCUCUACACCUGGUGCUCUAUGAGCGCCUGAAAACUGGCUUCAGCCAAUCGCUGGCAACCACCGAGGGAACGCGAACUCCUGUUUGGGACGAAGUCUGCCAUUGGAUAAGUACCAGUGGCGCAGCAAGUUCCGCUAAGCUUGUGGCUGGUUUGAUGACAUAUCCCCAUGAGGUUAUCCGAACGAGACUGCGCCAGGCGCCACUGGAGAAUGGCCGGCCUAAAUAUACGGGCCUGGUACAAUGCUUCCGUCUUGUCGCCAAAGAAGAAGGUAUGGCGGGCUUGUAUGGAGGCCUAGCUCCCCAUAUGGUCCGUUCCUUACCGUCGGCCAUCAUCACGCUUGGCGUGUAUGAGUUUGUGCUGCGGGCCAUUGGCGCCUAA